AGCCAAUCGACUGCGGGAGGUCACCCUCACUGCGGCAGCCUACCAGGUCUCAUGUUAGCAUAAGGUAAGUAGCGCAUAGAGUGCACAAGAACAAGCACAGCAACGACACGACAUCGCAACGCGUCCCGUCGUCGGGGUGUUGUGGGGGCGAGGCCAUCACAGAGGCGCCGAGUACGGCAUCACCAUCGACCGCCACGGUGUCACGCCCCAGGGCCCUUUGUAGCUGCCAUCCACUACUUCUCAUCGUUCUUUCAGACUGAUUAUUGAUUCCAUACCCUCAGACGCACGCUCGUCCGCCAUCGAGCUGCGCCUGUAGCCCGCAUCAACGCGCUCAGCGCCAUCAGCGGCCAUCCGCCGAUCGAGCAGUCCGCACCGCCCCUCUUUAACCAUCUUUCGACUUCAUCAAAGUCCCCUCAAGAAGCCAUCAUUGCGACGCCCACUCACCAUCAGCAUCAGCCUUAGGCUGCCCCGCGCCCGCUGUCCAUCAUGAGCGCUGGGGAUGACCCGCCAUCAGCAGACGCCCUAGCUCCGCCUGCUCCCACCUCAGCCAGUACGUCGACGGCCCAAGAUGAAAGCGCAGCAGAAUCGACCACGAGCGACGUCGAAAUGCAGAACGCCGACGACAAUGCCGAUGAGGCUGAGGGUGCCGGCUUCGACUACGGCGAAAGCAGCCUCGAAGCCAUCGCCGCAGCCCAGAUCGCCGCAGGCCUCGGCGAUUUCAACUUCUCAGCAGAGGCCGAAGCGGAAGCAGAGGGAGCCAAGAGCCCUUCUGACGAGGGCGAGUCAGCUCAGCGCGGCACAAAGCGACCCCACAGCGCACUAGACGCAGGGAGUACUGCGGUGACGUCAAUCACGCCAGCCUCCCAAUCAGCCCCCUCGACAUCUCAGGGCAUCUCAGCUGCCUCUGGCUCCUCGUCCGCAGCCACCGCAUCUCCCGCCGCCAGCCUUCAAAAGGUCGUCUCGCAAUAUGACCUCAAGCCCACGACGACCGAGAAUGCCUUUCAACGCUAUGCCCCGGCAGCGGCCUCGCCAUCGUCUUCACCCGCGCCUCCGGCAGUCAGACCACCUUCUGCGCCCACCACGACUCUCGCAGCACCGCCACGACCACCGCUUUCUGGUGCUCGCCCACUCUCCGUAGCACCUCCCAUGCCAGCACGACCUUCGGCGCUAUCCCUCUUCUCCUCGACGCCGCGACCAUCGUCUCUCCCCGCACCACGACCGGGAGGCGCUGGCUCGAGUGGCAUCACUACUUUGCCAGGCCCACCUUCCUCCCGCCCAGCUAUGCCUCGCCCUAUGCCCAGGCCUACUCCCCUCUCUUCACGUCCUCCGGCACCGCCGCGACCAGGCAUGCCUGCGCCACCUCGACCGGGCUUCCCGCCUCGCCCUCGCCCAGGGGUACCAGCUCUACCGGCGGCCGCCCUCUUCUCAGCCACUCCUCCUCAGGGCACGCCCAGCUUCGCUUCUCUGCUCAGCUCCCUUGGUCCCCAAGACCUGGCCAUGGUCGCCCAUGCUGCAAUGGGGCUCGACGCAAACGGCGAUCCGCUGCCAGGCAACGAGGUAUCGCACAGAGCUCUCGCAGACGCCAUGAAGCGUCUCCGCGAGUCGACGUCCGUCAGACCUCCCCCGCCGCAGAGCGGUGGAGCGCGCCCACCCAUGCCGCCUCCGCGACCCAGGCCUCCCCCGCCUCCAGCCCCGUCAACGAGUCAACUUCCCUCUGGACCACCCCGCCCAGCCAGUUACUCCCCUCCCGUGCGCCGGCCAAUGCCACGACCCUACCGACCCGUCCGGCCAUACGACCCCAGCGUACCCGUUGACGCUCUUCCUCUCAACCAAGGCAACCCCCUGGAAGAGAAGCGCCCCCUCAUCGCCGGUCCACGCUCAGACCGUGCCCCACCCAAGCCAGGUCCUCCACCCGAGAAGCGCUUCCAGUGCCCCAAGUGCGACCGAGCCUUCGCACGCGCCUACAAUCUCAACACGCACAUGUCAACGCACGACCCCGAUCCAGAGCGCUCCAAGCCCUUUCCCUGCCCGUAUCCCGCCUGCAGGGAGGAACGACGCUCCUUUUCCCGCAAGCACGACUUGCAGCGCCACAUUGCUUCGACGCACGAGUCUGAACCUGAGCCUUUGUUCGAGGAGCGAGACGAGAACGGAGAGGUAGUCAUGAAUGACUUGCAGCGCAUGGGCUUGGGUGCUCCAGGCAGGAAAUUUAGAUGUGUGUGUGGGCGAGCAUUCGUGCGCAGGGAUGCAUUGAGGAGGCACAACUGCGAGGCCAUGGGUGGGGCGGUGCAUGGCGGCAGUAUGGAGUUUGCGACCGAAGAAGGAAGCGCUACACCUGGGCCAGACUUUCCAUCUUCAGGGUCAACAACGCCGGGAAUGCGUACCGACGGAGCUCCGACUUCAAUUCGUCCGCCAAAUGCACCCACGGGCAGUGGGUUUGCGAGGCCCGGAAGCACCGUCAAGGGUGGGAGUGCGGACCUUGACGACAUCGAUGCGAUUGCGGCGCAAUAUGCCCUUUCGGCGGCCGAGGAGAUGCGAGCGGCGCAGGAGCAUGUUGCCGGUGGGCAGGGCAGCCCGGCGCCCACGGCUGGAAGUGAACGGCAGCAGGCGGGACCUUCUGGCUCGAAUGCUUCGGGUCAAGCGCAAUCCAGGCCUGCCCCUUCGCAAGCAGCUGCGGCCCUUGCUGAAGAUGAAGCAGAUGAAGCAGAUGAGGACGGAGACGAUGAUGCCAUUGCAAACUUUGCCUCGCAGCUUACUGCGGACACGGCAGCUCAGCUCGGUCUUGGGACAGGCAACGACAGCGAUGAGGAAGUCGACGAGCUGCAAGAUCCUGAUGAGGACGACAGGCGUGCCGCAGAGCAAGCUCAGAAGGGAGAGAAGCAGAAGCUGAGCGCUAGCGAUGCGCAGAGACCAGGAUCGGUGACAGCCCCGCGACAGCCUACCAGCAGCAACGAUACCAGCGUCUCGCUUGCCGCACCAGCUCCUGCAUCCACGUCAGCCUCAGCUACCUCGACCUCGCCGCUGGCUUCUGUCUCGACGGCAACGUCAGCACCACCGACAAGACCGAUAUCAGCUCCUAGCAUCUCAACGACCUCCGCGCAGCCUCUUACGCCCGCAAUCACAGCCACAUCCUCCCCGACCCCGGCAGCACCACCAGUUUCCGCUGGCCUUGCUGGUACUGAGCCCAGCGACGGCGAUGACUCACUUGACGAUCAGCAAGUGCAGGACGUUGCGGCGGAUCUAUUCGCAUCAGUCGCAGCGUCGCUCGGAGGUGGAAUCGGUGAAGGGGAAACCAAGGAUGAAGGAAGCGAGGCAGCGGACAAUGCUACAUCGAGUACUGCAGCUGCUGCGGCCCCAGGCAGCAGCAGUGCUUCUACAGAGCCUUCCGUUCAAGUCCCUUCACAGCCCAGCCCGGCACCUCCUGCUGCGACGAUCACUCCUCAAGGGCAGCCACUCUUCCUCGUGCCACCAGCAGAGCCUGCCAGCAGCUCAAUCACCCCAUCGGAUACCACUGAGGCUCAGGCUGAAGCGGGCAGCGCCGCACCUUCUGCAUCGACACCAGCCCCGCAGGCUCUACCAGCGCCUGCCACGUCCGCCACGACGCCUCAGUCUGGAGUAAGUGCGGCCAUCAAGCGCGAGGAAGAAGACAGCGCCGCGGCAGUGACGAGUUCAGGAGCAGAAGCAGGAAGCUCUACGAGCGCGAGCGCCACCGCUGCGCCCGCAACUAUGAGCACACCCGCUAGCCGUGUGGGCGAUGGAGAGUCCGGGGAGAAGUAGUGGUCCAAGCGGCCGAAGAUAAACCCCAGCAUCGCUUCAACUCCUAAGCUGUGGUCUUCGAGCCACAAAAGUUUCUUCCUGCUCUUUUUUUUUCCUCAUUCCACCGUACGCAACCUGAUGUACCUAUUACGCACGCUACGCCACCUAACCGCGCAAUUUGAAGCAGCUUGUUUACCCUGGCCCCUACAUCCAAGCAGCAGUGAUCGUCGACUCGAAGAGAGAUUAUCAUUGCAAGUCAUGUGCACACUGCAUGCACGCAGAGUAGAUACGAUUCGGCCGGCGGAUGGGGCUGCGCAUGGA